AUGUCUUCGAAUGACCCCCGAGAGGUUGCUACCAUGACUUUGGAAUCGGUAGAUACCAGCAAACCGAAAUUGCCUUUUCUUCCCCGAGAGCUCCAACGUAUGGUAGUCAAACUAGUGGCAGAGCAACACUUGCCGGAUGCUUGGUGCCUGUUACGCUUGGUUUGCAAAGACUGGAAGGCCGAAGUGGAAAGAGUUUUUCGGCAGAAAUAUCUUGACGUGACCACUAUUGCUCUCUACGGUUGGGAGGGAUCUUUCUGUACCAUGGCGUUUGACCGACUUUCAGAAGACGGCAACACUGCAUUCUUCAGGUUAUCGCAUCGAAUCCAGGCCUUGAGAAUGCUUAUUCAUUGGACUGAAGCGAUGGCAGCUCCCUUGGAAGCCAGUAUUGGAGAUUAUUUUCACAUUGUGUCGAUCGCAGGAGUGGCAUGCAGUGACCCCAAGCUAGAUGGAAUGGAGAUAGAUUCCAUGCGAGAGGUGAUAUCUAUACCUUGGAUUCCAAUAAUCAGUCAAGUACUGGGCGAUGAAUUUUGUCUACGUCGUCGAGCAGCCAAGAUUUAUGACGAGGGAUCACAAUCUACCAAAUCGCAGAAGGCAGUUUACUGGUCAGGUUCUCGGGAAUUGCGAUUCGCAGCGGGCUGGAAUACAGAUAUCGCAAGGAAGGGGAUGCUGAUUUACAUGAUUAACCGACUUAAAUCCUUCGCGUUUGAGAUAGAAAGUGUUCGAGAGUCCCGACUACAACGACAGUACACGCAUGGUUCGGAUGAUACGUUCCGCAAUCUGAGGACUUCACGGAUAUUCAGCAUACGGAAUGCGUUUAGAUCCAAAUUGACGACAUGA